AUGUUUCUCUCAACUCAACAAGAAGGUGGCAAACCGGAACAUGACUGUCUGCAGACCACUGAGGAAGUCUAUUCAAGCAGACCUGGUUUAAAGGACGUUCCCUUGCAGAAUCCGGAUUGGGAGCUAUAUACGGACGGUAGCAGCUUUGUGAAAGAAGGAAAGCGGGUAGCAGGAUAUGCAAUCACCACUGUCGAAACGGUGGUGGAAGCACAAGCGCUGCCCAUCAAGACGUCAGCUCAGAAGGCAGAACUGAUAGCUCUCACCCGAGCUCUACAGUUAAGUGCGAAUAAGUGUGUGAAUAUUUGGACAGAUUCUAAAUAUGCUUUUGGAGUAGUACAUGCACAUGGAGCAAUUUGGAAGGAAAGAGGAUUGUUAUCCUCACAAGGUACGGAGAUAAAGCAUAAAGAAGAGAUCUUGAGCCUACUGGAGAGCAUAAAGGCUCCGGCUGCUGUAACUAUUAUGCAUUGUGAAGCUCAUCAGUUGGGACAAACUGCUCAGGAGCGAGGAAAUAAGCUGGCUGAUUUGGCUGCAAAGCGGGCUGCAGAAAAAGGCAUAGGGAAGAAAGAUGUUGACGUGAAAGCAUGUCAGGAAGCUUUGGAUGACUGCUGUCCACACCAAGGAGAUGAUCAGCUGGAACUGCAAGAGGAGGAGGAGGAGGAGGAAGACAUAAAUCAAAGCAACCGCAACCAUGUAGAUUCCCUUCUCUCCUUAGAGGGCUAUUUACAGCUUCUGUCAUCGCAGAUGGAAAACAUGCUAGAGGCGAGUUUACUGGAAGAUAUACAAGUCGCUACUUCUAGUAGAGGCCAAGACCCAUCAUCCUCACACCACAAUAUAAGUUUGACCCAGACACUUUGCCACUGUUUCAGUCCUCAUGAUGCCACGCUACUAAGAACAGACUACCCCACUCAAUCAAAUUCAGAAACAAGACAGUUACAAAGGCAAGAAGAGUCUUUUCCUCAGUCAAGCUCUAAUAUCACAAAUCCAGAAUCACUACUUCAUGGGUCAAAUUUGACAGGGCUGUUUUCAGCUGCUGACAUUAGAAACCUAAUGGCCCAUGACGAUAACUUUGAUGAAAUUAAACUCAUGUCUUUGGCUUUGAAGGAAGGCUUUGAUCCUAUAGAAGUUUCUCAGCUCUUUGAAGAACCUGGCUCAGAUUCGGGACUGUCUUUGCAUUCAAGUCACAGCACCACCUCCUACUCAGUCUGCAGUGAAGGUGCUGUUGGGUACAGCAGUGAUGUUAAAUCUGUUUCUUCACAUGGCUUAGGAGCUGUUGGUGGCUAUAGCCAAGAACACAGUAAAUAUGGUCACGUGGAAUAUCCAGGUGAUUCAGGGUGUUCUAGAGAAGCCACACUUCAGCAAUUUCUUCAUAACCACACUUAUAAUCAGCUGCCAAGUCAAGCAGCAUCCACGCCGGAGUAUCAGCAGCAGAUGUGGAUGGAGAAACCAAACGAAGUAAAGGAUAGGUGCCAUAAUUCUACUGAUACAAACCUUAGCAGUGAUGAACGCCAUGCAAAAGCUCUGAGAAUACCGUUUUCAGUAGAUGAAAUUGUGAGUAUGCCUGUUGACUCUUUCAACAGAGUGCUAGCAAAGAACCAUCUGACAGAUACUCAGGUAUCACUCCUACGUGACAUCAGACGAAGAGGAAAAAACAAAGUUGCUGCCCAAAAUUGUCGUAAACGUAAACUGAAUGCAAUUCUUAACUUGGAAGAAGACGUAUGUAAUCUUCAAACACAAAAGGAGAGCCUUAAAAAGGAGCACUCUCAGCGUAGCAGAUCAAUCAGCCGGAUGAAGCAGAAGUUAAACAACUUGUACUGUGACAUUUUCAGUAGAUUGAGGGAUGACCAGGGUAGACCUGUUAACCCACGCCAAUAUGUCAUUCAUUGCAGUAGCGAUGGCAGUGUUUUCAUAAUACCCAAACACUUGGUCAAGUCCGAACAGAAACAAGAUCACGAAAAAGAGCAGAAACAAAAAUAA